GUAGCAAUAGUGCGGCGCAAAGACGCAAGACACUGCUCGAGCGAUCAACUGCAGCAGCAACGACAGCAGCAACGACAGCAGAAGCAACAACAGGACUGCAAUCGAGGAGGACCGACCGAACCACAAUCGCUGCUGGAUCGGCAGAGCCGAACUCGAGUGGCAAUCGCAGACAACAGACAACCACAGACAACAAUCGACAACCGCAGACAAUCCCAUCCGCUGUGCCGAGCGGCUGUCUGCCAUGGACGCACCACUGGCUCCUGCCCUCGGUGCCCGCCAGCCGGACGUGUUGCGCACAUGCGGCCAGACAACCACCCCCCCCUCUGGAAGUACUCCACUGAUGCGAGGGAAUGAUCCCUUUCGAGCCUCUGCCCCGCCCGUCCGUCGCUGUCGCCCUCUGGCGCACUCAAGCCACCUUUCCUCUCCAUCGGCAGGCCGCCAGGAGUGCUCUUUGUCUCUCGACAUUCCCCGUCCAUCAGCCCCAAACAGCCUCGCCCCGAUCGUCAUGUUGAAGGCUUUCGGCGUCGCCAAGGGUGCCUCGCAGCCGCUCAAGGUCCGAUUCCACCAUGCCUCGCCCAGCCACCCGUCGAUUCUGUAUCUCGAUCAAGACGCCGAUAGCCUGGACGGGAGCGUUGUCGUCUCCAACAAGGUGAUCAAGAAAUGCCCCGACUUCAAGAUUAGGCUGACACUGUCCGUUGGCAUCAUGUCCAAGUACAAGCCGAGACAGCUGAGCCGAAAGACAUCGUUCCGAGGCGGCGCCCCACCACAGCAGACGGAGCGCUUCCAUGCGGGCUGCAUCUACUUUCGCGAUAUUGUGGUGCUGGCCACCCAGGCCGAGCACCCCGAUGGUGCCGUCGCGCCCUUCCGGUUUCCGCUUCCUGAGGAUCUUCCUCCUUCGUGCCAGCUCGGGGACGCCUCUUUUGACGUCUCAUAUAUCCUGGAAGCCGCUGCAGUCCGGGACCCGGCCGGAGAGGAUGUGGUGGCCUCUUGCGUCGUUCAGCCGACCGUCUUUCGACUCACGACCGUUGAUCAUCGCAGCUGCGAGCUCAAGACCGAGGCCAACUACCUUGAUUCGGGCUCGGACAACGAGACGACCUGCACCAAUGUCACGCUGCCAAGGACUGUGCCCUUGAGCAUACCCGUCUUCCAGCUCCUGGUGGAUUUCCAAGGCACCUUCAAGUCGCCUGCCGACGCUGGCUCUGUCAAGAUCCAGCUGAUCGAGUACUGCCGCACCUAUGUUGGUAGCCAAAAGUCAAAGGAGCGAGAGCUCACAUCGUGGAUCAAGGGACAUUGGAAGCGCUCCGACAUCGUCCCGGACGGCAAAUACUCCUCGGGAUUCGGCACGGUGUCGUCACGACGGGGGCUCCUCUCGCCAAUCGAGUUCAACGUGCCCUCCGUUGGAGCCAAUGCCGCCUUCUCGUCGCAGUACAUGCACAUCUCGCAUAAGCUCCGGCUUGCGGUUCCAGGCACACUCAGCAUCGACAUUCCCGUGGUUCUGGCACACAUCGGUGGCUCACCAGCAUCAGCAUCGGUGUCGGCAGCAGCAGCAGCAGCAGCAGCGUCAAUGACAGAGCCGCACCUGCAUCACUCUCCGGUCGACGCAAAUCCCCGCAUCCGCACCCAGCGAUCGGCCGACGAGAUUUUGCUGUCGUCGCAUGCGUCGCUUGUUUCUCAGCGGCCCUGGCCGGGCACUCCAAUGUCGCCAGUGUCGCCAAUGUCACCAAUGUCGUCAGUUCAUCCACUCCUACGAGCCAGCUCGACCGCGACCCGUACUAGCUCCAAUAUAUUUUCCAACAUAACGAGAGACGAGUCCUAUCCAGAUCAUGAACGCGACGACAGAUCAAGCACCGCAAGGGCUGUCCACUCGCUAUCGAUGAUGCGCAUCGAUCGUAGUCGCUCAUUCAGUUCGCUGUGUCCGCAGUCCGGUCACGAAAUGCAGCGGUAUCAAUCCGUGCAGUAUCAGCGAUCUCGGAGCACCUUUGGCCGAGCCGCGGCCGGCAUGAGGUCAUACGGCGAUCUGUCGGAGCUCUCAAGGACGACGCGCCAGUCCAGCUCGCCUCUCCGCCAACAGGUUCUGCCAUCCUUCCAGAUGGCCGCCGAGGCUCCCGUGAGACCGAGCCCAGGCCAUAUCGAAGCAUCGGACGGCGACAGUGUCGAAGCCUGCUUGGUGCCGUCGGUACUAUCGGAACUCGGAUCCUCCACUCGGGUCGGAGGGGAUGCCCAGUUAUGCACAGAGAGCGGGCCCCUUCGGCGCAUAUCUCAAAGCGAGUCGCUCUCCUCGAUUCUAUCGACUAAGACGCCUCAAUUUGCCUCGAGAUCGCCAACAGCCGUGCUCCGAGACCGAUCUUAUUUCCACUCCAUCCCGACAAAGCACACCAUGCCAAUGCCCCUCCCCGAUGCGACGACUGACCCUCUGCCCUCAUACGAAAGCGUGGCGCUGGACUCUCAGCACCGGGCACUGCAAGUGACAUAUAUCGUCUCGGAGCGCCACGAGCCGAGCUCCGGUGCCGAAAUCGAACUUCGCGUGGGCGACCGUGUCGUCAUUACAAAGUUUCUCGACCGAGACCGAGCCGAGGGCCUCAACGAGUCGACCGGAGCCCUCGGAGUCAUCUGGGUCAACAAGAUCAUGCACACACGUCUGAGUGAACAGUGACCGCUGUGUCGAGUCCGACUCCAGGAACUGAUUUCCCA